GAAACAAAUAAAUAAAUUAAAUAAUAAAAAAUGCAACCUCCUGGAGAAGUAUUCAUUUAUUUCAUCUCUAGUAACCAUAAGAAGAAGGUGAAUAAAAGCCAAAAGAAGAAUAGUAGCAACCCCAAAAGUAAGAAAAGCCUCCUGCCAAGAAUUAUUUAGACUUAUCUAAUAAGCCUAUUCCACCUAAUUCCACAGUGAUCCACUUUGAAGUUUGUAUAAAUUGUUAAAAAUCACAUUCAUUUUGUACAUAACAUGAUGAAUUACGAUAUGCUAAAUUAUAUCAUGAUUUUAAGGAAGGUAACUUUUGUUAAUAUAAAAUUAUCUAGCUGUUGAAGCUGCAAUUCCAAAUUCAUUUUGUGUUGUUAAUUUUUCAACUAAUAAACCAUCCAUUGGAGCAUUUGAAAUUACUCAUUAAAGUAAUACAUUUAUAUCUAAAAAGAUAAAAUAAUUUACUCUAAAAAAAAUUCAGGUUUGUUUCCUGCUGUUGCUCCAACAGUUGAUAGAAUUAAAAGAUUUCUUGAUGAUCUAUAAAAUGGAAAAGAUGUUAAAGGCUAUGCAACAACUAAAGAAAAGAAAUAAGAGAAACCUAUAGAAAAGAAAUCAAAACCAACUUUUUAAGCAUACAUCAAAAUGAAAGAAGAAGAAUUUGCUAGAUAAGAAGCUAUUAGAGAAGAAAAUGAGAGAAAGAGAAAAGAAUAAGAAGAAAAAGAAGAAAAAGAAAGAUAAGAAAGAGAAAGAAUAGAAGCAGAAAAUAAGAAAAAAGCAGAAGAAGAAGCUGCUAAGAAAGCUGAAGAGGAAAAAUUGAAAAAAGAAGAGGAAGAUAAAAUUAAAGCUGAAGAAGCUGCUAAGAAAGCUGAGGAAGCUAAAAAUAAUCCUUAAAAUUAGGAAGGUGAAAAACCUAAUGAAUAACCUCAAGGUGAGAAACCAGCCUAAUGAAUUAUUAAAAAAUAGAUAAAUAAGCA